CUAAUGUCCCAAACUAACUCAUAAUAUUUCUUCGUCGCCAAAAUGUGGACCAACUUAGCCAAGCGAGCUUCCUCAAGGAGGAACUUGAUGCAGUCCUUCUACUUACUUUCAUCUUCUUCUACUUCUCACACGAGAUUUUAUGAGCCCCGAAAGUUUCAGGGUUUCGACAAAGUGGGUGCCGUCGCUUCUUCGGUGGGUGGAUCGAGGUUUUCUUUCUCUGAAGGCUUUUAUUCUCCCAUUUGGAUGCUGAGCAGAGGUCACGCGAGCGUGGCUGAGGCUAUCGAAUCGACCGAUACCGAAGAUGAUUGUUCGGGCUCUGACGAGGUUCAGAAAUUGUUGGAGGAAAUGGCAACUGAAUUGGAGCAGCAGAAGACCGGAGGCAUGGCGAGUUACAAGUACAAGAUGCUUAAGCGGAGGCAAAUAAAGAUGGAGACUGAGGCGUGGGAAGAAGCGGCUCGAGAGUACGAGGAACUGUUGGAGGACAUGCGCGAACAAAAGCUUGCACCCAAUUUGCCUUAUAUGAAGUCUUUGUUCCUUGGUUGGUUUGAGCCCUUAAGAAAUGCAAUCGUUGCUGAUCAAGAGCUUUGCAAAGAUAGCAGGACUAGGAUGAGUCAUGCUCCUUUUUUCAAUGAGUUGCCUGCUGACAUGAUGGCUGUCAUCACCAUGCACAAGUUGAUGGGCUUGUUGAUGACCAAUAGUGAUGGAAUUGGCAGUGCUAGAGUCAUUCAAGCUGCUUGUCAAAUUGGUGAAGCCAUUGAGCACGAGGCUAGGAUAUACCGAUUUAUGGAGAAGACAACGAAGAUGAGGGAGCAGAGAACAACCGCUGACAAAUCUGAUGGUGAAUCUGAUCUUGCACCCGGAGAGAGUGGCAAACUGACCGAAGACAAAGAGAAAAUGGAUAAGAAACAGAAGAGACUUAGGAAAAGAGUUGCUAAUUUGAUAAAAAAGCAGAAGAAGCAACAAGCGAUGGGAAUAGUUCGAGGACAAGAUGAGUGGAAACCCUGGGGACAAGAAGCUCAAGCGAAGGUUGGCUCACGUUUGAUGCAGCUAUUAAUAGAAACAGCCUACAUACAACCACCUGCCAAUCAAUUUGGAGAUGGUCCUCCUGAUAUACGCCCUGCAUUUACGCAUUCCCUUAAAACACUUUCAACUGAGUCACAGAAGGAAACUAGGAGAUAUGGUGUUGUUGAAUGCGAUCCUCUGGUGCUAAAGGGCCUUGAGAAGUCUGCCAGGCACGUGGUCAUUCCCUACAUGCCAAUGUUGGUCCCACCUAUUAACUGGACAGGGUAUGACAAAGGAGCAUACUUGUAUUUGCCUUCGUAUGUUAUGAGAAUACAUGGAGCAAAGCAACAACGAGAAGCAGUUAAAAGGGCUCCCACGAGUCAACUUGAUCCUAUUUUUGAGGCCCUUAAUACCCUUGGCAGCACCAAAUGGAGGGUUAAUAAAAGGGUGCUGAAUGUGAUAGAUCAAAUAUGGGCUAAUGGAGGACGCCUGGCUGAUUUGGUGGAUCGUGAAGAUGUUCCCCUCCCAGAGGAACCUGACACAGAAGAUGAAGCAAAAAUCCGAAAAUGGAAGUGGAAAGUCAAAGCUGUGAAAAAGGAGAAUAAUGAGAGACAUUCACAGCGAUGUCACAUAGAACUACAACUUGCUGUUGCACGAAAGAUGAAGGAUGAAGAAGGCUUCUAUUAUCCUCACAAUCUUGAUUUCAGAGGGCGAGCUUAUCCCAUGCACCCAUAUUUGAACCAUCUUGGUUCUGAUUUAUGCCGAGGCAUACUUGAGUUUGCAGAGGGACGACCUCUUGGGAAGUCAGGCUUGCACUGGUUAAAAAUACAUCUGGCAAAUUUGUUUGCUGGAGGUGUCGACAAGUUAUCUUAUGAUGGUCGAAUAGCAUUUACUGAGAACCACCUGGAUGAUAUAUUUGAUUCUGCAGACAGGCCUCUUGAAGGAAAGUGUUGGUGGUUGCAAGCAGAGGAUCCUUUGCAGUGCCUGGCGGCAUGUAUCAAUCUCUCUGAAGCGUUGAGAAGCUCCAGUCCUGAGACUACCAUUUCUCAUAUGCCUGUACACCAGGAUGGUUCAUGCAAUGGCUUACAACACUAUGCAGCACUUGGGAGGGACAAGUUGGGAGCUGCUGCAGUCAAUCUUGUUGGUGGAGACCAGCCUGCUGAUGUUUACUCAGGAAUUGCUGCUAGAGUACUUGAGAUCAUGAGAAGAGAUGCAGAGAAAGAUCCUCAAACUAAUCCAAAUGCAUUACAUGCUAGGCGUUUGAUCAGCCAGGUGGACCGGAAGUUGGUAAAGCAAACAGUGAUGACGUCAGUUUAUGGAGUGACUUAUGUUGGGGCUAGGGAUCAGAUUAAGAGGAGGCUAAAGGAGCGUUGUGCCAUUGAGGAUGAUUUUGAGCUGUUUGCUGCCUCGUGCUAUGCUGCAAAAACCACUCUCACUGCAUUAGAAGAGAUGUUUGAGGCUGCAAGAAGUAUUAUGAGUUGGCUGGGUGAUUGUGCAAAGGUUAUAGCUUCCACAAACCAAGCAGUCCGGUGGAUCACACCUCUUGGUCUUCCUGUUGUACAACCUUACCGACAAUUAGGAAGACAUCUUAUCAAGACUUCUCUUCAGAUACUGACAUUACAACGGGAGACUGACAAGGUCAUGGUUAAAAGGCAGAGAACAGCUUUUCCCCCAAAUUUUGUUCACUCUCUUGAUGGUUCACACAUGAUGAUGACUGCAGUAGCUUGUAAAAAAGCAGGGUUAAACUUUGCAGGAGUUCAUGAUUCAUAUUGGACACAUGCGUGUGAUGUUGAUGAAAUGAACAGGAUACUCAGGCAAAAGUUUGUUGAACUCUAUGAGGCUCCAAUAUUGGAAAAUUUGUUGGAGGGCUUUCAAAAGACUUUUCCCACAUUGAGCUUUACUCCCUUACCAGAGCGAGGAGACUUUGAUCUUCAGGAGGUUUUGGAGUCUACCUAUUUUUUUAACUAGACUCACAGGAACUCAGGUUGCUUACCUUUCUGCCUUCACCUUUAAUCCUGUGGAGUGCAGUCCAAUAUGAUGAAAUUUGUAUAUAUUUACAUGCAUGGGAUUGCAAUAGCCAGAGACAUGAAGAAGAAAGAAGUAUGCAAAACAAGAAUUCGGUUGCCAAUUUAGUGCCUUGCGGGAAUCUGGUAUUUCUUUUCUACACUUGCUUCAAACAGGCAUAUUUCCAUCAAGAGAUGUCUGUGGCGGGAACUCCAUUUGCGUCUUGUGCUAUUUAAUGAGCAUACAAGGAAUUGGGUGAUCAAACUUGGGUAAAUUGUCAUGAACAAAAGGGGGCCUCAACAUAUGGCUUUACAGAUUUAGAAGUUUACAUGCAAAACAAGAAGUGUAUAUGGCAGCCACUGCUUUAGUUCAUGAUUGAUGUAACAGAAGAUUAGUGAAGGAUUGGAGCAGUGGUAAUAAUUUGAGGUGAUUUCUCACGUCUGGCUGCUUCAGUCUGCUUGGCUUUCCUACUUUCAAAGCAGCCAAAAUGGGCUUGUUGGUAUGAUCUUUUCUUCUUUUUUUUUUUUUUUAAUAAACUUUUACACUAUUUUAUUUCAUUCUUUUCGGGAGGGAAUUAGGAGGAUAUGUAGCAUUUUUUUGUCAUGGAUACUGUCAUAUCUGUUCUUACACUGGAUUUUACAUGGUUCGAAUUGAUGUGUAAAGUAAAUAAUACCAAAAAUAGAAGACUUGUUACCUAAAGUUUCAAAUUGUACAUGGAUGAAUAUAUGCUGUUCUUUCGUUUCUUCAUACAUUUUCACUUAAAGUGGUAGUUGGAAUUUAGGAGACAUGUUACAAGAGAUUGGCAAUAGUUCGAUUCUAGCACUAGGUGAGACUGUUGAAGUUCGAUCAUACAAUUACACAUAAAUAUGCAAAGUUGGAUUUAAGUAAGACUUAUCAUUAACUUAUUGUACCUCACUGGAUACAAAAGUUGAUUAAUGAUUCGAUUUGAUACUUUUCAUGUCUUGGUUCCAGUAAAACUUUUGAAAGGAGGUUUUUGAGAGAGAAUUUGGCACAAAUUACCAAACAGUGGUCAUUUGGAUCAUGGAAGGUAUAUCUCAUAAUUUUACAACCAGUGCUUUGAUAACAGUUUUAAUUAUUCGAGGGAUAACUGAAAAAAAUAGUCGAAAACCAAACACGACUCGCAUUAAUUGGGCACCACUCUAUAUAAGUGCGUUAAGAGAUUCCAAUGUCCGUAAGUGUCCCACUUGUACU